AUGGGCCCCGACUUCCUCGACUCUCUCAUCAGGAGCAACUAUAAGCGGUCGAGGGGUAGCACGGGACCCCUCGGGCCAGGACAGAGGACCUCAGAGCGGACGGAGCGGUCACAGACCAGCAGAGCUGUGCCCAACAUGAUCAGCCAGCCCGAGAAGGCACAGCCGCGGCACAGGCACGAGAGCUACGAUGAGAAGUGCGAGCGGCGCCACGAGAUGCGGGAGAACCGGCGGCAGCGAAACAACGUGACGACCUGCCGCCACCUCGGGAGGGGAGCAGAGGAGCCAUCGCAGAGCCCCCGGCAAAGGGAGUUCCUGAGGAGGAGAAACCUGGCAAGCGAUGCUGGAAGGAUGCCGCCAGGACAGGAGCCCAAAGCACGCGUCCCCCCGGACUCCUCGCGGGUGGAGCCGAGCCCACCCGUCCUGCUCCAGCACCCAUGGAGCUGCCCCACGUUGCCCCUUGCACGCUCCGGGCUCAGCCUCAGCAUCCCCCUCGGCAUUUCGGCAGAAGCCGUCUCCAGGCGAGGUGCCUCUGUGAACACCCAAGGAACCCAGACCCUUGUAAAUCCAAGCGCAGGAGUGAAAGACUCGAGCCAGCAGACAGAUUGCGGAAUAGCCAUUUUAAAUAAGGAAAUGGUGCAGCUGUCCAACUACCUGAAGGAGGCCCUGCACCGCGAGCUGCUGCUCAAGCAGAAGAUGGUGAUUUUGCAGGAGCUUUUCUCCACGCUGCUGCAAGCGUCAGAAAAAUCCUGGCAGGGUCAGCUGAAUGAAGAUAAACUGAAGUGUAAACUAAGGGCACUUGAAAAUCAGCUGCAGGCCUGCACCCAGAGUUACUCAAAGGAGUGUGUGAAGAAGAUCCUGAUCGAGAUGGAGGACCAGAAGCAGACCUAUGAGCAGAAGGCAAAAGAGGCUCUUCAGAAGAUGCUGGAGGACAAACUCCAAACAGAGCAGCAGCUGCAAAACUCUCAA